AUGAAAAAUGGCGUUUGUGUUGUGUUGAGGAAUUACAAUAAACAUACAAUUGUGAACAACAAUAGUAAUUUAUUUGGUAAUUAGUGUUAAUUUUUAUUUUUGACUAGGAAAAUAAAUCGUGGACUAAUGAGGUUAUUGACCGAUGUCUGCCGUGGCUCCCACUAUACCCGGGGCUGACCCAACAAAAGAAAUACAGAAGCGUCGAGCAGGUAGUAUUGGGUCCGAUGAAGACGACGCAAGUGGUGGGAAAUACACAAGGAUGGAGGAGGACAAUAUUCAAGACAAAGAAAGAUUUGCGAGUCGUGAAAACCAUUGCGAAAUUGAACGUCGCCGAAGGAACAAGAUGACGGCAUAUAUCACGGAACUAUCUGACAUGGUUCCAACAUGUUCCGCCCUCGCGCGGAAGCCCGACAAACUUACUAUACUGCGAAUGGCAGUUGCACAUAUGAAAGCAUUAAGAGGUACAGGAAACACAUCUACCGAUGGUACAUAUAAGCCUUCCUUUUUAACUGAUCAAGAGUUGAAACAUCUCAUUCUUGAGGCAGCUGAUGGAUUUUUAUUUGUUGUUAGCUGUGACACUGGACGUAUUAUUUACGUCAGUGAUAGUAUAGCGCCAGUACUAAAUUACACUCAGGGAGAAUGGUACUCGUCGUGUUUAUAUGAUCAAGUUCAUCCUGACGAUGUUGAAAAAGUACGAGAACAACUGAGUACACAGGAGCCGCAGAAUACGGGUCGUAUUCUUGACUUGAAAACUGGAACUGUCAAAAAAGAAGGUCAUCAGUCUUCCAUGCGACAAGUUAUGGGGUCGCGACGCGGUUUCAUCUGCCGCAUGCGCGUCGGUGGCACAGCGGAGAGCGCACACCUUGGUCGGUUGCGCGCGCGCAACUCACUUGGCCCCUCGCACGACGGUCAUAACUACGCAGUUGUGCACUGCACCGGUUACAUCAAAAACUGGCCGCCGACAGAUCUGUUUACAGGUAUGCAGAUGGAUCGUCCGGUGGAAGACGAGCUCCAUGCGUCACACUGUUGCCUCGUUGCGAUUGGAAGAUUGCAGGUGACGUCAACACCGAGUAGUUCCGAGGGCAGCCUAUGCAGCGGAGGCGCGGAGUUCGUGUCACGGCACUCUGUGGACGGACGCUUCACGUUCGCCGAUCAACGUGCCGCUCAGGUGGUGGGCUGCGCACCCGCCGACUUGUUAGGCAAACUCUGCUACGAGUUUUACCACCCGGAGGAUCAGCAACACAUGAGGGACAACUUCGACCAAGUUUUAAAGUUGAAAGGCCAAAUAAUCUCGCUAAUGUACCGGUUUCGCACGAAAAGCAGAGAGUGGGUUUGGUUAAGAACAUCUGCUUUUGCUUUCCUUAACCCGUACAAUGAUGAUGUGGAGUAUAUUGUUUGCACAAACACACUGGCCAAUCGGUCGUUAGCGAGCACGACGGGUGAACCGGUAGCAGAAGAGAACUACGACUACCACCUGCGACAACGUGACGUGUACCAAGCAGCGCCGCCUGCCAUACACCAGCAACAUCAUGCCCCUCCAGGCGGUGUCGGGGCGCGAUCUCCGGUUGAAGGCGGCGCGGCCGGCGCGGGCGCGGCGUUCGCACCGCACGCGCCGCACUAUGCGCCCGAAUACUCGCCGCACCGUCCAGCCAACACGCCACCCAACACUACGUGGACCACCCUGCGUCCGAGCGGCGCUACGGGCGCAGCGGGCGGCGCCGGCGGAGAGAGCUAUGCGUACAGCGGCGAGGGCGGCGCCGGCGCGGGAAGCCCGGCUCGCUCGCCGCCCGCGCCGGCCUACCUGCCGCCCGCGCACUACCACCACAACCACCACGCCACGCACCCGCCGCACGCUGCGCACCCCACCCACCCCGCGCACCCCACGCACCCAGCGCACCCCGGACACCCCACACACGGCAUGUGGGCGUGGCAGGGCGGCGCGGCAGGCACGGGCGCGGCGGCCGAGGGCCACGCCACGCACGAGCUGUCCGAUAUGCUGCAAAUCCUGGACCAGAGCGGCGGCGGCGCCUUCGAGGAACUCAACAUUAACAUGUUCAAUGCUAAUUUCGAAUAGUGAUAGUCGGCUUCCAUAGCCUACGGUGGCUAUAAAACGAAAAAAACUAUCGAAGGGAUGAAAAUAUGAGUGUUGAGUUAUGUGUUGAUAUGUGUUAAGAUGGUUUCGUCUUUAAUUGUCCUCUGUAUCGAUUCAACGGUGUCAAGUCGAUCGCCUUGGAUGCGAUAACUUUGGUGAAAACAUGGAGAGUAUUACGGUGUUCGAGUAUCGUAAGCUAAAUCAAAUAAUUAAGUACUUUGUAUACUUACAGAUAUUUCAAGUGUAAUUCAACUGUGAAAUAUCGAUUGUAUAUAAAUUAUUUUG